AAACCGAAAGCAACCUGGACGCCAAUUGCCCUCCCGAAAUUACAGUACUAACCCUACCCACUCCUUCUAAUCUCAACAAUCUCCACGGCGAUUCCCCACGAUUCCAGGGGCAUUUCUCAAACUACCCCCCGCCCCCAACUCUAAUAUCCCAGGAGGGGAAUGUUCGCCCUGGCAAGGCUCAUAAGUCAUACCCAGCCGUUACAAACUCACACGCUAAAAUCGGCCAUGAAAGAAGGGUAGUUCGGUCAAAACGUGUAUAGAAGAUGGUAUUUUAGUAAUUUCCAGGCCAUGCAGUUUUCCUAUUUAAAAAUCGCCCACUUCCCUUCCUUUCCCUGUAGGUGUUUGGUGAGAGAGAAGAAAGAAAAGCACAGAGAGAGAGAGAGAGAGAGAGAGAGAGAGAGAGAGAGGAUGGUGGAUGAUUUCAUGGUCUGUGUCGAUCGGAUAAUAGCAUCUGCAUGCUUUGAGUCGGUGAAUGAAGGGUAUAACAGAGGAGGAGGAGAAGGAGGAGGAGGAGUUGGUGGUGUGGAUAAUUUCUCUGGGAAUGGGAAUGGAGAAGGGUGUUCGAAGAAAACAGAGAAGAAGGGGGAGAUGAUAGAGUGUAGGAUUUGCCAGGAGGAAGAAGAAGAGCAAGCAAUGGAAGCUCCUUGCGCUUGCAAUGGGACUCUCAAGGUAUAUUCUCCAAAUUACUCCCUUCCACCAACCAGACCUUCUGAUGGCAUGGCAAUUGAUAUCAGACAAAGCUGGGGGCAAAGGAUUGAUCUCCACGAUCCUCGUUUUCUUGCUCUGGCUGCUGCUGAGCAUCGUUUACUGCAAGUUGAAUAUGAGGAUUAUACUGUUGCAAACACUGGUGGCAUGGCCUGUUGCCGCUCUGUUGCUCUCAUUCUAAUGCUGCUUCUGCUUGUUCGCCAUGCUCUCAUGGUCACAAGGGACUCUGGGCUGGUGCAGGAUGUGUCGACGUUCUUCAAUGUUUCCCUUCUUCAGUUUGCUGGCUUUCUUCUGCCCUGCUAUGUGAUGGCCCGUGCACUCUAUAUUUUACAGAGCCGGAGGAGGAGACAGGGCUAAAAACCAUUGAAUCUCUACGGUUCUGCUCUUCCAUAUCACAGGCGAGCUUUAUGCGAUUAACAAACGCAGGCUUUGAAUAUCAUGUUUUUCUGUAAGUUGUAUUUAAAAUCAAUGCGCCAAAACCGUCUUGGAGCUUCUCAUGUGAUUAAAUUGGCGUGUAGAUUCCUCUCAAGCUUUUUACCCGAAAAGCCAAAAAGAAAGAAAAAUGUAAAUGUGGGAAUAGAUGAAAUGGUUAUUGCUGUAAUUUCUCUAAAUCGUGGAAGUGGGCCAGGAAAAUCUUGCCUUUUAAAUUC